UUUAAAUCUAUAUGAGGCACAUAUUCAACAGAACUUGAGGUUGCCGUGACAAAUAUGAUUUGACGAGUUUUCCCAAAUUUUGAAGUUCCCUCUUUAGGAAAAAAAUAUUUUUGCACGCGUUCGGUCUUUCGAUGUUUCUCAGUUGAAAAAAGAAAGAAGCCAGCUUCUGUCUUUAAUUUGAAAAUAAUUACCAGUGUUGAAGCGAGCGGAUAUUUUCCUGCUUUAAACGGUUCUUAGUAACGCCUUCCGGGAUGGAGCAAGCGCCUUCGGUAACACGUGACGUCUCUUACAAUGGUGUCCGAGUCUGGCUUUCGUGGUCAUCGGACUUAUUACCUUCAACAGAUUCUUACGAUAUUUGUUGUACCAAGUCAUUGAUCUUAAGACACCUUACUAUUAAGUCUCUACAUUAUUUCUCCUUGUUUAUUGCUAUUUAGAACUAUCAUAACUUCUAACACUUUUUAUCUUCUCAGUUUGAAUAGUUAAUCGGUGGGGACAAUUUUUAACCCAGGAAAUUAGAUUACGCUGUAUUAGAGCGCACUUUACAGUCUUUACAUGCUUAUCGGCAGAACUUCAUCAUGAUUAAAAUCGAUGAGGCAAAUCUCCUCUUUAGCUUCAUGAGAUAAGUAACAUUGGAUUUCUUUGAGGUGAGCUGAAAGAAGGCUACAAUCAUGAUGGUUAUAAGAGAUAAUACUGUUUCGAUUGUGGAAAUUUCCACCUCAAUCCAGCUAUGAUCUUGUCACCUACACCUGUAGGUGUGUUGUUGGCAUUGGCGGUUCAUCCACAUUGUUCUUACUUUUAUUAAGUUGGUGAUAUAUCCUGUGAUGAUUGUCAUCUGCCACGAAGCUUGGCCUUAUGGCAUCAGGUUGUUGAUUUGAAAGAUAAGUGUCCAUUGUCUUUGUUACAGGUGUAUGUACCCUCUACAUACGGCUGAAAAAAUUUUCAUUUUAAAUUUGACUUGUUUUUCUGUGCAAGUUUCCCUUCAUUUACUGGAAAAUCAAGCAUCAUUUCUUUUGGUUCAACGCAGCAGUUCACUGUUUUCACUUCGAAUUUGGACACUGUUCUUGCUUGCGCCAUUUGCGUCACAGCGUCCGAAUAAAUGGGUAACAUUGCAGUUACGUCCUCUGCAUUGGCUAUUUUGUGUUUCAGACUAGUGUUUCUGUGUGCCCAAGUUAUGGAAGCUACAGAACAUAGCACGGAACACGAGUUGCAGAGACACAACAUCCCUGAAUUCCAAGCAGUUGGCUGCUUCAGGGACCGUGGUAGGAGUCCCCGGCCACUCCCCAAGCUGAUCGCUAAUUUUCGAGGUCAUAUCGACUGGUUUAAUUUGAAUAACACCAUAGCCGAUUGUGCUCGUAGGGUUAGCGAGAAAGGUCUCAGGUAUUUUGGUCUUCAAUUCUAUGGCGAAUGUUGGAGCGGACUGAAUGCCCACCGCACGUAUAACAAACAAGGAACCUCCACCAGAUGCAUUUAUGGAGUGGGAAGAAAAAUGGCAAAUUUUGUUUAUGCCUUCGUAAAGAGAGAUAUGACAGUACGUCUUGUAAACGGCUCAGACUCGAGAAGGGGCCGAGUAGAAGUGCUACAUCUAGGGAGUUGGGGCACAGUCUGCGACCAUGCGUGGGACAUGCGUGAUGCGAAUGUUGUGUGUCGUAUGUUAGGCUACCCAGGUGCCCUAGCUGCGUAUCGAGGUGCUAAGUAUGGGCCUGGAAAAGGACGUGUCCGACUUGGUGAUGUUAGAUGCAAAGGCAGCGAAACGAAUAUAGCACUUUGUUCUCACAAAGAUUACAGCGACUGUAGUCACUCAAACGACGCUGGCGCUGCAUGCCGAGCGGCUUCAGUUGAGCCACAGCCAAGGAUACCAUACCGUUUGGUGGGUGGAGCAAGCCGCAAUGAAGGCCGAGUAGAAGUGUUUUAUGCUCGUCAGUGGGGAACAAUUUGCGAUAAAGGCUGGGAUCUCACAGAUGCAAGAGUUUUGUGUCGGAAUCUAGGUUUCAUCGAUGCCUUGACAACCCCCAAAUAUGCAGAAGGCACUGGUCGUAUAUGGCUUAGCAAUGUCAAUUGUCAAGCAAGCGAUGAUUCAAUAUUCCGAUGCAAGCACGCUGGUUGGGGAAACACUGGUAACUGCACACAUUCAAAUGACGCUGGAGUCAAGUGUCAUUACUGACG